GGCGAGGUGGGCGAGGCGUUGCCUGCCGGCCAGCAGCCUAGCCGGUGGCGGGCGCUGAGCUACCCGCUCCGUGGCUUUCGAGCCCGGGGGGUUCCGGGAUCCUUUCCUGGCAGCGUCCCGCGGUCAGUUCUGAGUGCCGACGUGCCCGCGACAAAUUACCGGCCGUUUUGUAAAGAACAUGGUGGAACUCAUUCACACAAUAGCUGAUCACAGUGAUGAUGUCAACUGCUGUGCCUUCUCCUCUACCCUCCUGGCUACCUGCUCCCUGGACAAAACUGUUCGCCUGUACUCCCUGAGUGACUUCGCUGAGCUGCCGCCCUCGCCGCUGAAGCUUCACACCUACGCCGUCCAUUGCUGCUGCUUCUCCCCGUCAGGACAUGUGCUGGCCUCGUGUUCCACGGACGGGACCACGGUCCUGUGGAGCGCCCCCAGCGGGCAGGCCUUGGCCGUGAUGGAGCAGCCCGGCGGCAGCCCCGUGCGGGUCUGUCGGUUUUCCCCAGACUCCACGUACUUGGCUUCCGGGGCAGCCGACGGAUCUGUGGUUUUGUGGAACACGCAGUCGUACAAGUUACAUAGGUGUGGUAGUGUUAAGGACGGCUCCUUGGUGGCCUGUGCUUUUUCUCCUAGUGGAAACCUCUUUGUCACUGGCUCCUCAUGUGGAGAUUUAACAGUGUGGGAUGAUAAAAUGAGAUGUCUGCAUAGUGAAAAAGCACACGACCUUGGGAUCACCUGCUGUGACUUUUCUUCACAGCCAGUUUCUGACGGAGAGCAAGGCCUUCAGUUUUAUCGAUUGGCUUCAUGUGGUCAGGAUUGCCAGAUCAAAAUUUGGGUCGUUUCUUUUACCCAUGUCUUAGGCUUCGAAUUAAAAUAUAAAAGUACAUUGGGUGGGCACUCUGCCCCUGUUCUGGCUUGUGCUUUUUCUUGUGAUGGGCAGAUGCUUGUAUCAGGAUCAGUGGAUAAGUCUGUCAUCAUAUAUGAUACUAAUACUCAUAAUGUUCUUCAUGUGCUGACUCAGCAUACAAGGUAUGUCACGACUUGUGCCUUUGCACCUAGUACCCCUUUACUUGCUACUGGCUCAAUGGACAAAACAGUGAACAUCUGGCAAUUUGACUUGGAAACACUUUGUCAAGCAAGAAGCAUGGAAGAUCAGCUAAAGCAAUUCACUGAAGACUGGUCAGAGGAGGAUGUCUCAGUGUGGCUUUGCGCCCAGGGUUUGAAUGACCUGGUUGGUAUUUUCAAGAUAAAUAACAUCGAUGGAAAAGAACUGUUAAAUCUUACAAAGGAAAGUCUUGCUGAUGAUUUGAAAAUUGAAUCUCUUGGGGUACGUAGUAAACUGCUGAGGAAGAUUGAAGAACUCAGAACCAAGAUGAAUUCUCUUUCUUCUGGAAUUCCUGAUGAAUUUAUAUGUCCAAUAACCAGAGAACUUAUGAAAAAUCCUGUCAUUGCAUCAGAUGGCUAUUCCUAUGAAAAGGAAGCAGUGGAAAACUGGAUCAGCAAAAAGAAGCGUACAAGUCCCAUGACAAACCUGGCUCUCCCUUCAUUGGUACUUACCCCAAACAGGACUCUGAAAAUGGCCAUCAACCGAUGGCUAGAGACACAUCAAAAAUAAACAUGCUGGCUGGAGAGAUGGCUCAGCAGCUAAAGGCAAAUGCUUGCAGAGCCUGCCAUAUAAAGCUGGAUAUGCUUGGCAAGAAGAGACUUUGGCAUGCCCAUACACACACAUAUGCACAUGCAAAUCAAACUUCAAACCGUUGUUUGUAUUGUAUUAGAUGUACUUUUUCAGUGAUGUCAUUUGAGUGAUUCAAGGGUAAGUACUAAGCAAGCAUUAUAAAAGCAAAACAGGAAAAAGACAAGUGUUAAAUUUGAUUACUUACAAAAAUUAAUCUUCAUUCUUUAAAGCAUGAACUUAACAUCUAACAUUUUUACUAUAAAAGGUUUUUUUGUAUUAGUGGGGGAAAAUGAAUAGAAAUAAAGCUUUAUUAUGACUUUAAA